AUGACCUUCUCCAGCUCUGCAAAGGAUAAAAAAGACUCGAUUAUGGUGUUUUUUACCAAAGUUAAGAAAACACGACUGCAGAGUUUUCCUCAGUGGAGCAUCAAAGCUAAGGUCAAACAGCACACGCAGGGCUUCCUGAAGAGCGAGCGCGUGUCCCGGAUGGUUCACAGCGGCGGCUGCUCGGCCAACGACUUCCGCGACGUCUUCAAGAAGAACAUUGAGCGCCGCGUCCGGAGCCUCCCGGAGAUCGACGGCCUGAGCAAAGAGACGGUGCUGAGCUCCUGGAUCGCCAAGUAUGACGCCAUCUACAGGGGAGACGAUGACAUGCGGCGCCAGCCACAGCGGGCCCACCUGAGCGCCGUGUCGGAGCUCAUCCUCAGCAAGGAGCAGCUGUACGAGAUGUUCCAGCAGAUACUCAGCAUCCGCAAGUUCGAGCACCAGCUGCUGUACAACGCCUGCCAGCUGGACAACGUGGACGAGCAGGCGGCUCAGAUCCGCAGAGAGCUGGACGGACGGUUACAACUGGCCGAGAAGAUCGCCAGGGAGAGGAGAUACCCAAAGUUCGUCUCCGGCGACAUGGAGGCUCUUUACGUGGAGGAGCUGCGAUCGUCCGUCAACCUGCUGAUGGCGAACCUGGAGAGUCUGCCGGUGUCUAAAGGAGGGCCGGACUUCAAACAGAAGCUCAAACGCUCCACCAUGAACAACUCCUUCCUGGACAUGGGAGACGAGGGAGACAUCCUGUCCAAGUCUGACGUGGUGCUGUCCUUCACGCUGGAGAUCGUGAUCGUUGAGGUUCAGGGUCUGAAGUCGGUCGCUCCGAACCGGAUCGUUUACUGCACGAUGGAGGUAGACGGAGGAGAGAAGCUGCAGACGGACCAGGCUGAAGCCUCCAGACCACAGUGGGGGACUCAGGGCGACUUCACCACCACUCAUCCUUUACCUUCAGUCAAAGUGAAGCUGUUCACAGAGAGCACCGGCGUUCUGGCUCUGGAGGACAAGGAGCUCGGCAGGGUGGUUCUGAACCCGACCACCAACGGACCCAAACAGGCCGAGUUUCACCGGAUGGUCGUCAACAAAAGCAGCCAGGACACCGAGCUGAAGAUUAAACUGGCCGUUCGUAUGGACAAACCCCCCAACAUGAAGCACAGCGGGCACCUCUACGCUGUUGGUCAGAGAGUCUGGAAACGCUGGAAAAAAAGAUAUUUUGUCCUCGUUCAGGUGAGUCAGUACACGUUCGCCAUGUGCAGCUACAGAGAGAAGAAAGCUGAACCUCAUGAGCUGAUGCAGCUGGAAGGCUACACGGUGGACUACUGCGACCCUCAGCCAGGUCUGCAGGGCGGUCGGGUGUUUUUUAACGCGGUGAAAGAAGGCGACCUGGUGAUGUUUGCGUGUGAUGACGAGCAGGACCGGCUGCUGUGGGUUCAGGCCAUCUACCGAGCUACCGGACAGUCCUACAAACCGGUCCCACCGCCUCAGAACAAAACCAUGAACUGCAGAGGAGGAAACCAGAAACCUGCGUCUCCAAUCACUUCCAGCGGCUUUCAGAGCACAAAGAGCGAGCAGGCGGAGGUGGCGAGCGUCAGGUUUUUUUAUAUCGACCGGGAGAGGAAAUAA